AUGGAGUCGUUCGAACAGAAAGCUCUAGCCACGGCUGACCCUCUCCUGAACUGGUGGAAGAGGUAUGUGGACGAUACGCACACCAUUCUGAAGAAAGAAUAUUCACAGGGCUUCACAGAACACAUCAACAGAAUUGAUGAAAACAUUAAGUGAAUCACUGAAGAGGAAGUCAAGAACAUGAGAAGGAUUGCGUAGAGGGGAACGAAAGAACAUUCACUGGCUUUUCUGGGCAUUGUGACUGUCUUACAUGAAGAUGGUUCGAUCUCACACUGA